GGCGGGGCGGGGGAGCAGCGCGCCUGUGCAGUGCCGGGGGGCCGGGCCCAGCCCGCCGCGUUACACAACCGGCCGCCGCGACAGGCGAGUUUCACAAGUCCCGCCGCGGCCGCCCCGCAGCCCGCGCCCACCCUGCGCACACCCCCGCGCCGCGCACCGCCCGCACUGCCCCCGCCCUGCCCGCGCCCAUGCCAUGUCACCGCCGGGCUGCGGGACCCCGCGGCCAGCGGUAACCCCUGCCGCCGAGGGGGCACCGCGCCGGGGCUGGGCAUGGCACUGAGAGUGGCUCCGGGACGCGCAUCCUCCUAGACGGAUUAAUUUUUCUCCGUCUCUAUUUACAUGGUGAUAAGAAGUGCUAAUCCCACUCUGUCAGUCUGGACUGAUGAAUCUGAGGAAUAGAACAGAGCCCUGUGUUGUGUAAACGAACUGAUGGAUGAAGAUGAGAAGGACAGGGCAAAGAGGGCAUCACGCAACAAAUCUGAAAAGAAGAGGAGAGACCAGUUCAAUGUCCUCAUUAAAGAACUUUGCACGAUGCUGCAGGGCCAUGGCCACCCUCUCAAGAUGGACAAGUCCACAAUACUGCAGAGGACCAUUGACUUCCUACAGAAGCAGAAAGAAAUCACAGCACAGACAGAAGCCUGUGAGAUUAGACAAGACUGGAAGCCUUCAUUUCUUAGCAACGAGGAGUUCACCCAGUUGAUGUUAGAGGCACUGGAUGGCUUUCUCAUUGCUCUUACCACUGAUGGGAUUAUUAUUUAUGUAUCUGACAGUGUUUCGUCUCUGCUCGGACACUUACCGUCAGAUUUGGUGGACCAAAAUAUAUUAAACUUUCUGCCUGAGCGGGAACAGAGCGAAGUGUACAAGCUCCUUUCUCCACAUGUGCUCAUGACAGAUCCUGUUGCAGCUGAUUUUCUAAAUGCAGAAAAACAAAUAGAGUUUUGCUGCCAUUUAGCAAGAGGCAGUUUAGAUCCAAAUGAACCCCUGAUGUAUGAAUAUGUGAAAUUUGUAGUGGAUUUUAAAUAUUUUACUCAUGUGCCUACACCCUCCUGUAAUGGCUUUGAGUCAGCUAUUGCACGAGCUUUCAGGUCAGCCACGGAGGAGCAGAUUUGCCUCGUAGCGACUGUUCGUCUUGUCACACCGCAGUUCUUAAAGGAGCUCUGCAACGUUGAAGAGCCAUGUGAAGAAUUCACGUCGAGGCAUAGUUUAGAAUGGAAGUUUUUAUUCUUGGACCACAGGGCUCCACCUAUUAUAGGAUACUUACCCUUUGAGGUUCUGGGAACGUCAGGGUAUGAUUACUACCACGCAGAUGACCUGGAGCUUCUUGCUAGGUGCCAUGAACACUUGAUGCAGUUUGGAAAAGGAAAGUCCUGUUACUAUCGAUUCCUGACCAAAGGCCAGCAGUGGAUAUGGCUGCAGACACACUACUACAUCACCUACCACCAGUGGAAUUCCAAGCCCGAAUUCAUCGUUUGCACUCACCUGGUAGUUAGUUAUGCAGAAGUUCGGGCUGAGAGAAGGCGAGAUCUUGGCCUUGAAGAGUCAUCAAUUGAACUGGCAUCCUCUUCUCUAAAGAGCCACAGCAGCUACCUGGACGUGGGGCAGUGCGGCAGCAGCCAGGACGCCAGCCGGGAGGGAGUGUCACUGUCAUCCCACAGCUCCCGGCGCUCCUCGCACACCGCCCUCUCCGACUCCACGUCCACGUCAUCCAUGCGGCGCACGGACACCAGCACUCCCACCCGGCCGUCAGUGCCCGGGGGUCAGGCAGAGAAGGCAGCCCUGCGGCUGGCAUCAGUCGGAAGCACUCAGGCCAUAGCCACUCCUCAAGCCCCUGGUGAACACCUCCCUCAGCACCCUGUGGCUCAGCUGGCAGUCCCCUCCCAGCACCCUGUGAUGCCCGUGUACCACUUCCCGACCCAGCUGGGGAUGAUGCAUCAGCUGAAAGAGCAGCUGGAGGAGAGGACUCGCAUACUGCAAGCUGACAUCAAGACUCAGCAAGAAGAACUCCACGUCAUCAAGGAGCAGCUCCAGUUAGUGCAGGACUCCAACCUGCAGAUGCUGAUGCAGCAGCCAAUCCCUGUCGUCUUUAACAACGUGCAGCACCCGAGCCCCAGGAGGCCACCGCCCCAGGGGACGCCCAGGCAGAGCACAGCCAAGAAGUCACAACAGCCAGGCCUCGUGGGGACGAAGCACUACUGCAGCACCCACCUGCCCUCACCGCGCCAGUUCCUCAGGGACCCCCACAGCAUGGCCACCCAGGUACAGCAGCAGCAGCAGCACCUAAUGAGAGGAAACCAAGGCCAGCAAGCGUGUCUGCCAGGGCAGGCAAGCAUUUCAGUGCCCCUCUACAACAACCCCAUGGUGUUCUCACAAACACACCCCAUUGCAGUGGCUGCACAGAUGCCACCUGACAGCAGCGAGAGGCAACCACAGUCUGAGUACAGCCAGGACAGGAGCCUCAGGAUGCUGUUGGAUCAAUCCAUCCAAGCCAUGAUGCCUGCAGCCAACAGCAGUGGCCAGGCUGUGCAGAGCAGUGCCAGCAGGCAGCAAGGAAAAUUCGUUGCGGAGCAGCAGACCCUGCCUCCCCCAGUACAGGUACAGCCAGUCACCUGUAGCACCGUCCGACCUCCAGCCCCAUCGCCCAUUUUCUCCCCAUCUCUGAUGAUCCCACACACCAGCUUCACAUCCCACCAGGCCAACACACCGGUUCAUCUCCACCAGUGGCCACAGCAACAGGCUCCACAGCACCGUCUCUACCUUCAGAUGCAAGGUCCUGAGCUGGUGCCUGGGGGUCCAACGCAGCGCAUCUUCCAGCCACCCCACGCUCCACAGCAGAACCCCCUGAGCUACUUCCUCCACCCACAGCAGCAGAGCCACCACGCGCAGGGCCAGCCCUGCAACCUGCCUGACCUGCCCGAGAUGCAGCUGCCCUGAAUGUUGGCUCUGGGAGGCAGGGACCACGUGAGCUGCUCAGCACCCCGGGCGCACGCAGGGGAGAGCGCGGUGCCGUCAGAGCAUGGGACGGGUGAGGUCGGGCUCUGUGGGAAGGUGGUGGCUGGAGGAACAGUCCCCAGUGGGGAUGGAUGGCUCCAGGAGCACCCUAUCCGUUGGGAUUUCCAUGCAGCCAGUCCGUAAUGCUGCUCUGGCAGCUGUUUGUGCCCUGGCCUAGCACCGUGGUGCAACUGGAGGCAGUGGCUUUCUGGCUGCAGGGAGGUCAGUUAUCAGGUCGCCUCGAAGCUUGGUUUGCAAUGGAGAAAACCCUUUUCCAUUCAGGACUUCAGUGCUGAAAGUCACUGUGAAUUUAAGCCCAGCAUUUGAAGCACAUAGACAGACUGUACUGGUCCACAGGACGCCGUUGGAUUACCGUGUACAUAACUCGUUUUGCUGUAGUAGGUCCAUUGUGGAUUUUUUGUCCCCUUUUUUCUAUACCUCAGUCCCACAGUUUUUUGUUUUCCAGGAGAUUGGAUAAUGCUGCUAAUUUACAUAACACCACUUUUGCCUGAAUUUCUUACUGUUAUACCAGCUCACAUCGCAGCUAGUACAAUAUUUGUCAUGUUUUAUUUUUGGUUAACAAGUGCAUAGAAAUUUAUAGGGUUUUUACUCCCUGUAGCCGAAUAUUUUUCAGGUUACAGACAAAGAAUCCUUACUCCUUCUUUUUCUGUUUUUUUUGUUUCAUUUAGAGUGACGUAGUUGUGUAUGUUUCUAUACAUAAAACAAACAAACAUGCAUAGACUGGCAUAUGACAGCAAACUUUCUGGUUUUGCUAGGUCAUGUUUCAAUUUGGCACACCCAAAAUAUAUGAUCACAACACAAGCGAUGUUACAAGCCCAUAGGGUCAGCAAUAAAUUGUAUUUUUGUAAAUUGUCACUUUUU